AUGACCACUGUCUCCAGCGCCGUCGUCUCAUCAUUCAUAGCUCCUCCGCUUCGUUCUCCAUCCUCUCGUCAUCAUCCGAGUCUCACUGAGCUCUCUCUUCAAAUUCCUAGAGCCGGCUGGCGGAGGAAACCGCUAGGGUUUGCUUUAUCUGCGGCGGCGGCUUCAGAAUUGCCAUCGGAAGCCACUUAUGAUCCGGAGCUACGUUUGGUUUUCGAGCUCGCCACCGAUUCGGAGUUGUAUGAGCUUGAGAAUAUCCUUUUUGGUCCCAGCUACUUCAGCCCUCUGCUGAAAUCAAUUCCAAACAAAGGAGGAGGUGACCGGCUGAUGAUAGGCCAAGACAUUGAGGUGCGAGAUGGUUUCAUCGAAUCUCUUGAAUCGAGAUUCUUGUUUCUCGCUGCAGAUGCUCGCUCAACACUCAGGGGUUGGAGGCCUUCGUACAGAAACGUUUUACUUGCGGUGAGAGAUAAGUUGAACAUUCCCUGCUCCAGCCAAUUGCCAACGGAGGACCUAGAAGCAGAGAUUUUUCUGUAUCUCGUCGACAAUUUCUCGAGUGAAGCAUCAGGGGUUUUUCCAGGCUUGUGGGAAAAUUCUCAAGCAUCAGAGGUAAAAGGAAGCUUAGAACUCGGGCUCAGUAAAUGGAAAGUUGAACUACUUGCUGCGCUAGAAGUUGGUGCUGCAGAGGUCCAAGCUAUGAUUCUGAAGGGUGGUGGCAUGAUCACAUUUGCCAAGGUUUAUCAGUUGUUGGCAAAGAAACUAUCGGGAAAAGUAUUCCUUGAAGCUGCCAACUACCAGAUGAGGAAAGAGAUGCUAAAAAAGGGUGGACAAUUAGCCGCCAUUAACUUGGAAUCUCGAGCAGCUCUGCUUGCAGCAAAGCAUGGCUUUGCAGGAGCUGCAUCCAGAUACCUUGGCUUAAGAACAGUGAUGCAAUUACUCGGCCCAAUGAUGUGGGGGACGUUACUGGCUGAUUUGGUUAUUCAGAUGCUCGAAACUGACUACGCUAGAAUCUUACGAGCGAUUUACGCGUUUGCACAGAUUCGGAUCACCAGGACAUACAGGCUACCUUGUAAAUGA